UUGUAACUUAAGUGAGAACUAUAAGGACUUCAUUGAGAUUUUCUCUUCGUUACAACAGAGAGCGGCGGCCGGCGAUGAAGUUUUGCUGGUAUUGAUCUUAAUAUAAUACAUGGGAUUGCCGAGAUUUAAACGUCCUGUAGGGACUAGUGAACCAAGUUCAAAUCUUUAUGUGGCCAAUUGUGGACCUGCAGUUGGACUAACUUUGGACACAAUUGAAGCCGUAUUUGGUGCAUAUGGUCAAGUUAAGGGAGUCCAUCUUGCUGAUGAAAGUGGCACUAGAGUUAUUGUGUCUUAUCAUGAAGAAAAGUCUGCAGAAUCUGCCCUGACGGAGUUGAAUAGACGUGAAUGUCCUGAGCUUGGUGGCCGGUCUUUGCACAUUCAGUAUUCAGUACCCUCUAUUUGUCAGGUUGCAGUGGAUGACUCAAUUGAGGUGUCGAUGGAAGCUUCAGAGUUAGAUAUUCCUGGUCUUUACUUGAUUCAUGACUUCAUCAGUGUCAAAGAGGAGGAGGAACUACUUGCAGCCGUUGAUUCAAGGCCUUGGCAAAAACUUGCUAAAAGAAGGGUGCAGCAUUAUGGUUAUGAGUUUCACUAUAAUACGAGGAAUGUCAACACAAAUCAGUACUUGGGUGAACUUCCAUCAUUUCUUUCGCCAAUAAUUGACAAGAUGUCAAAGUUUCAAAAGCUUGGUUACACUGAAACCGUACUUUUGGACCAGCUCACGGUUAAUGAAUAUCCACCCGGAGUGGGAUUGUCUCCACAUAUUGACACCCAUUCAGCAUUUGAAGGAUUAAUAUUCAGCCUUUCAUUGGCAGGGCCUUGCAUCAUGGAGUUCAGAAAGUAUUCUACUAGUGUUUGGCCUACAGACCCUAACGCAUUGAGUGAUGAAGAGGCUCAAAAUUCCGACAAGAGCUCAAAGUUUUUGAGAAGAGCUAUUUAUCUACCCCCUCGAUCUAUACUGUUGUUAUCACGAGAAGCACGCUAUGCUUGGCAUCAUUACAUUCCACACCAUAAGAUUGAUGUGGUGAACGACACCAAAAUCAGAAGGGCUUCAAGGAGAGUGUCCUUUACAUUGCGCAAGGUAAGAAAAGGACCAUGCAAAUGCGAGUUCCCCGAAUACUGUGAUUCUCAGAAGUAAAAGACAAAUAUACACUGAUUAUGUUUUGCCAGAAACCAGAAGAUGUGAUCAUUGCUUAUUUCAUUCCGCGUGGUUAUGUUCUGUCUGAACCGUUUUCUGGUGAAUUUAAACAACCAGGUUCAGGUUGAGGUUGAG